AUGGCUGCACCCGCCGUUGCGCUCGGCGCGACUCAUUCCGCCGCGCUCGGCGCGUUUCACUCCGCCGCCGCGGAUGCCGCGCGGAUCCCGCAGCUCUCCGCGCUUGUCCCCGCUUCCGCAUUUCCGCCGCCCGCGCUGCUGAGAAUCCGCCAUCGUCGGAACAAACCCCGGCCGGCACGCGUGUCCGCGUCGCUCUUCGGCUCCGCUUCCCCCUCCGCCUCCCCCUCCGCUUCUUCCCCCUCCGCUUCUUCCGCCUCCCAGUCAACUGCGGCGGCGGAAGCGGCGGGGAAGACGGUGUGGUUUCAGAAGACGAUCGAGCUGCCGCCCUACAAACGAGGCUGCCACAUCAUCACGUCGCAUAUCAUGCGGGCCGUGCCAGAGAUCGCCGAGUUCCGCGUCGGCAUCGCAAAUAUAUUCGUGCUGCACACGUCUGCCAGCCUCACCAUUAACGAGAAUGCCAGCCCAGACGUGCCUCUGGACAUGGAAGACGCUCUCAACCGCAUUGCACCGGAGGGCAACCACUACCGUCACUUGGAUGAGGGCUAUGACGACAUGCCGGCACACGUGAAGUCCUCGCUGAUGGGCUGCUCGCUCACCAUCCCCAUCAUGUCUGGUCGCUUCAAGCUCGGCACAUGGCAGGGCAUAUAUCUAAAUGAGCACCGUAACUACGGGGGCGCAAGGCAGCUGUGCAUUACCAUUCAGGAGGAGAAGCGCGCUGAUGGGCGGUGA